AUGACUACUGCUCAUCGUCCAACAUGGAAUGCAGUGCAAGGGGGCAAAGAUCAAGGAGGCAAUCGCAUUUUGGUUCCCAGUAGACAAUACUCUUCAAAAGACCUCCCAGGACAUACAAUAUUGAAAGAAAGAAAAAAAGGCCAAGGUAAUCCUGAAGAAUUAAAAUCAGUGGAUUUCAAAGCUCAGUUAUUACAAAAAGAAAAAGAAUAUUUUUUAGAAAAAUCCAAAUUUGAAGAAAACCCACAAAGUGAAGAGGAAAGCGAAGGAGAUAUUGAGCAGGAAGAAUCAGAAAGCUACGAAAAUCAAUCAGAAGAGGAGAGUUCUGAAGAUGAAGAAGCACUUAGAGCAGAAAUAGAAAAAAUCAAAGCCGAAAGAGCCGAAGCUGAAAGGAAAAGAAAGGAGCAGGAAGAUAUUGAAAGACAAAAAGCCAGAAGAGAAGAAAUUUUAAAUGGGAAUCCUUUGCUUGAUAUUGCACAAGGCUAUCAACUGAAAAGAAAAUGGACUGAAGAAACUAUGUUUAGAAACCAAGCAAGAGGAGAACCUAAAGAAAAACAAAGGUUUAUCAACGAUACAGUGAGAAGUGAUCUUCACAAAAAAAUUCUAACUCCCCCCCCCCUCCGUGAGCGAACAAAACCAUUAGAAAAAUCGCCAUUUUUGACCAAAAACCCACCCUCCGUGAGUGAACAAAAAUUUUUUAAAUAGAAAAAAUUUUAAUGGAAAAAAAUUUUGAUAUAUAAGUGAUAAUUAGUAUAAUGAAAAUCUAGAGCUAAUUCUGUUUAAUUUUAAACAAAUUGCGUUUUAAAACAUAAAUUUUGCAAAUUAAAUUAAUAUUUGCUUCCCAAUUUUUGCAAAUUAGGAUUUUUUUAAAUUUCGAAAAAAAUAUUUUUUUAUAAAAUUUAUAUAUAAAUUUUUUUUAAAAAAAAAAAUUAACCCCCCUCCGUGAGCGAACAAAAUUUUUUUGUUCGCUCACGGAGGGGGGGGGGGAGUAAAGAGAUACAUUUAUUAA